AGGGGGGGACAGAGAGGGAGCAGCGGAGCCGCCAGUCGUUGGUGUCCUGGAGGAGGAGGAGGAGGCAGGCUGCGCGUCAGAAUCGAGGAAAAAAAAUGGGAACGACGACCCGCGGACGUGCUUUGUUCUGGUCCACAUCCACGCUGUAGUCCGGGAGAACCGUCCGUACACCGUGUCCGGUUCUCCGGCUGACAGCGGGAUCCACCGCAGCUAGCUGGGUUAGCAGCCCCGCCGUCACCGGGAGGCUCCCGAGCGACCGACCGACCGACCGGCCGGCAGAGGAGAGCUGAGGAGGGGCUGUGACAAAGGAAGGAGCCAUGAACCGCUUCAGAAAGUGGCUUUAUAAACCCAAGAGGACGGACCCGCAGCUCCUGGCCCAGUUCUACUACGCCGACGAAGAGCUCAACCAGGUGGCCACAGAGCUGGACAGCCUGGACGGCAGGAAGGACCCUCAGAGAUGCACGCUGCUGGUCAACCAGUUCCGGUCCUGCCAGGACAACGUGCUGAACAUCAUCAGUCAGAUCAUGGAUGAAUGUAUCCCCAACGACCGGGCCAACCGAGACUUCUGCGUCAAGUUCCCCGAGGAGAUCCGUCACGACAACUUGGCGGGACAGCUGUGGUUUGGAGCCGAGUGUCUGGCCGCAGGCUCCAUCAUCAUGAACAGGGAGAUAGAGAGCAUCGCCAUGAGACCCCUGGCCAAAGACCUGACCCGCAGCCUGGAAGAAGUGCGCAGCAUCACCAGAGACCAGGCGCUGCGAGACCUCAACCUGUACACGGAUCGCAUGAAGGACGCGCUACGACAUUUCGACAGCCUUUUCGCUGAGUUUGAGCUCAGCUACGUGUCAGCCAUGGUGCCUGUGAAAAGUCCCAAAGAAUACGACGUGCAGCAGGAGGUGAUUGUCCUCUUCUGUGAAACCGUCGAAAGGGCGCUCCGGCUAGGCUACCUCACGCAGGACAUGAUCGACGACUACGAACCUGCGCUGAUGUUUACGAUUCCCAGACUGGCCAUUGUUUGCGGGCUGGUCGUGUAUCCCGAGGGUCCUAUCAACCUCGACCGGAAAUCUGAGGACAUGUCGGAGCUCUUCAGGCCUUUUCGCACUUUACUAAAGAAAAUCAGAGAUCUCCUGCAGACUCUGACGGAGGAGGAGCUGCUGACGCUGGAGAAGAACCUGUGCAUCUCUCAGGACGGAGAGCUGCCGACAGGCCAGGUUCUGGCCUCCAACGGCCUCCCGCCUCCCAUCCAGGAGAAUCCGCCUCCCUGCUGCCUCGCCGACGACGCCUCCGAGGGGCAGGGCGGCGGGGGGGAGGACCCGCUCCCCGUGUUUGUCUGUCCCGAUCCGGGGGAGGAGUUGGCAGAGGUGGAAAGAGGUUGGGAGGAGGUGGAGACCCAAAACGGCGAGGAGGAGCAGGAGCAGGGCCUGCUCUGUGAGGAGGCGGAGGAGGCUGAGCUGGCGUGCUCCAUGCAGUACGACGAGGAGGAACUGGAGCAGCUCAACAUGAUGGUGUACCGAGUGGGAGACGAAAUGUCCACUCUGCUGUCCCCUCCCAGCCAGGGCCAGUCCCCGGCCCAUCGUCCCGGCUCCAGCGGGGCUCCCAGCACCGAAGCCUCCCCGCGCAGGCUGCGGGUGAGCCAGGGAAGGACAGGCGUCUACGUGGAGGAGGAGGAUCGGGUUUUCUUCAUGGAGGACCUCGACGCGGCAGGAGACGGCCUCGGCAGCGUCUCCAGAGAGGCCUGCGGCUGCGUCGUCCCUCCCUCUAAAGGUUCCACGCCUCCCCUGCAGCAGAAACCUGGACCCCGACCCGCUUCUGCCGUCAACGGGUGGAGCUCCGACACCACAUCGGAGCAGCCUUGUCCACAGCCACGCAGCCUGAACGGCACCUGUCCCGUGGCAAAGCGCCCCCUCUGCGGCCCCGCCCCCGGCUCCGAGGCGCUGCCUUACAGCAACGGCUGGGACCGGGGGCUGGAGGGCACGGCGGCGGAAACGGCGGAGGUCAUCGCCCACCGCAUGGGAGGCAUGAAGCUGUCCGCCACUGUCAUCUUCAACCCUCGCUCGCCCAGCCUGACGGAGCUGGCCGUGGACAAGCUGCUGCUGCCGCGGCCCGCCCCGUCCGAGAUGGAGCCCUGCGGCCCCCUAGUGGCCACCCACUGUCUGCUGAACUCCUGCGUCUGCUGCGGGAGCUGCGAGGACGCGCACGACGACGGCGGCGUCGUCGCGGCCGACACGGCCGGACUGGAGCUGGGCCUGGCUCUGGGUCUGGACAAACACGGCAAGACGCCGGCCUCCAGCGCCGUCAUCCAGUCCGCCGCCUGCCAGCUGCCUCCCCGCGGCCCCCAGCGGUUCAGAAAGGCCGAGGGGGCCCAGCAGACUCCCCCGUCCUCCCGUUGCUCCGCGGAGCCGCAGGCGGAGGACUCGGAGGCGCUGCUGUGCGAGACGUGCCUGGUGGCCCCAGGACGGGGGCGUCUUCCUCAGGGCUGCAGCUCCACGUGCAACCGCCAACCGGGCCCCGACAGGAGGCAGCAAGCCAGCGGGGGCCAGCAGACGGAUAAAGACGGGGACAAUGACGGGCUGGAAAACAAGGACUUUACGGUGGACCUGAGAGAGGACGGCAGGAGAUGCUCCAGUUUUCAGAAGUCCCCCCUCAGCUCUGUGUCAGGUAGUGACUGCGACAGUGUGUCGGUCACCACAUAUAGUCUGUCGAGCAGUGCUUACUCCCCAAGCCCCGUCAGCAGCCUGACGCCGAGCUCGGGGACUUCGGAGGACCUGGACCGGCAGGAGAUCAGGCUGGCCCUGCAGGACGCCAGGGUGGCGGCGAGGAACAAGAUCCGCUCCCGGUUUCACAGCAGCAGCGACCUCAUCCACCGCCUCUUUGUUUGCAUCUCAGGUGUUGCUGAUCAGCUGCAGACCAACUAUGCCAGUGACCUCCGGAGCAUCCUGAAGACUCUCUUUGAAGUUAUGGCGACAAAGUGCGAGCAAGGGGACAACGACAAGCAAAAAAUAGUAGGCCCUGUUCUGCGCAGUGCGGCGCUGGAGGACUGCGCUCUCUGUCAGGAAACCAUUUCAUCAUCAGAACUGGCAGCCAAAGCACGGGAGGGACAGUUCGAAGACCCUCCAGACUGGGUCCCUGACGAUGCCUGCAACUCCUGCAUCACCUGCAAGGCUCCCUUCACCGUCAUCCGCAGGAAGCACCACUGCAGGAGCUGCGGAAAGAUCUUCUGCUCCCGCUGCUCGUCUCACUCGGCUCCGUUGCCUCGGUACGGCCAGGUGAAGCCCGUCAGGGUCUGCACCCACUGCUACGUGUUUCAUGUCACGCCUUUCUACAGCGACAAGCCCGCCGUCUGACCCCCCCCCCCCAGAUCGGUACCAAAAGCACACGGUCUGCUCCAAGAACAUAUGCAAUGGACAGAUUCACUCCACAGCGCUCCAGGAAAAA